UUUUUCCAGCUCUCUUUGCCUCACGGCCCCGUGCGCACAGCCCCACUUUCUGCUCUACUUCUGAACGUGGGUAUUGCUGGACCUCCUGAAGGAUUGUGCCGUGUUCUUAUCUGCCUCAGGAUUUUUCAUUGGAUAUUUAUAGUGAAAUAGAAAAAAAAAGUAAAUCUGAUACUCAGAAGAAAUAGGCAUACAACCAAGUUGAAGACUGCAGCACACCAUCAACUUAAGCACCGCUGUAUUGCACUGCGCCUCCAACGAAUGAUGGUGUAAAGGAUUAGGCGCGCAACACUCCGGGAUGGAAAUCUUGCUCAAAAAAUUCUUGCUGCUGCUGGCGGCGGCGACGGUGGUGACGACGGCCUCAGGCGAGGCCCUGGAACCCUUGGCCGAGGCGUUAGUGUCUGAGAAUGUGUUCGAGGUCGACUUCGCUAACAAGACCGUCCUUUCACCAGCCGAAGAGCUUAUCUUGGCGGCCCAGAAAGCGGGCUACAACCUGACCUUGGAGCGACUGGACGAGGCGGCCAAAUCGACGGACGAGGAGGUGCAGGACCUGAUGCCGGCGCCCGUGGCAGAGGCCUUCAUCGGGCAGCGCCGCAAGGACAACAUCGACCUCAUUCGGGAACAGAUGAUCGGCAUGAUCUUCACCGGGAGGCCGGAGCCGCUAGGACCCAGACCGCGCCGCCCCAUCAGGAACUUCCGCCCGCAUCCCAAAGGACCUCCUGGCAGGCUGAACGUGCGGUACAACCCCCAAGGUGAGGCCAGCAUCCAGAACACUCGAAAGGUCCCGGCCCCCGACAACAUCCUGAAGCCCCUGCCCUUCGUGCCCGGCCCCACCAUGAUCCAGUUCCCGUCGCACCAUCCCAAGAGCCAGCCGGGCCCUCCGCCAGCGCCGUCGCCUCCCCGCCAGCACCCGUCGCGGCAGUCGGGGCACCGCCCGCGCCCUCGCCCGCCCACCGACAGCUUCAAGCCGGUCAAGGAGAGCUUCGGCAACACCGUCGGCCCCGACUUCGGCCCCGUUACCUUCACCGAGUUCGGGGGAAACUUCGGUUUCAAUAACAACUUCGAGAACGACUUCAGCUUCAGUUCUCCGAACUCAGGACCUCGACCUCCUCACCAGCGACCUCCCUCAAGGCCUGCCCCACCCCCUCCCUCACGACCUGCCCCGCCCCCUCCUUCACGGCCUGCCCCGCCCCGGCCCUCCCGCCCAUCCCCGCCCCGCUCUUCCCCGGCCCGUCCGUCUCGCCCCGCACGCCCCUCCCAAGGCCGCCCACACGGGGCUUCAAAUAACUGCCUCAGAUACACUGAUGACAUCUGCCUGGACUCCGCUGAGUAUCCCCACGAGGCCAUCUUGUCCUCGCUGAUCCGUGACCCCUCGCGAGCGGACACCAUGAUGGCCGAAGUCAGGAGCCAGAGCGCGGAUGAACUCGUGGACGGCGUCUCGUCUGUCCAGGAGGCGAGAUACGACUUCCAGCACUACUUCGGCAACAGGCGAGCGGGGACGGAGAACCACGCCCACAGGGACUUCGCGCAGGACGGAGGCUACCUGUGUCCUUCUGAGGUGAAGUAUGCGCGUCCCAAGCGCGCCAGGAACUCCAAGGGGCAGUGGAAAUACAUUGUCAACGUAGAUAAAUACUCCCAGACCAUCCGUAUGGAGAAGUGCAUGAAACCCGGAGGCGCCUGUAGCUACGUGUCCCACCACUACCGCGCCACGUGCAACCAGGUCUACAACUACCACCGACUCCUCUCCUGGGAGGACGGCCGCGGCCUCCAUAUGGAUAUCUUCAAGGUCCCCAGCUGCUGUUCCUGUCACAUCCAGGGCUACGCGUACGUUUUCCCUCCGCUCAACCGCCAGGACUCGGCCGGGUCUGAGCAGAUCACCACGGCGGUGCUUCCCCCAAGGGACGAGGCGAGCGAGGAUCCGGCGCAAGCCUACGAGCCAGAAGAAGAUUACCAACCCAUGGACUCUUCCGUGGAGAACAACAGGCAGCUCCGACGACCAGGACCAGGAGGUUUGAGGCCGCGGAGACCCAGUGUCAGUAGGCCCGAGGAGCACCAAAGCUUCGGCAGCAGGACCCCCAGCGACGAGUCCAGCCGGCGGCGAGGGCCCGUGGACUCCAGAAGACCGAAUCAGCGAAUCGGGGAAGAAUCGGACCACGAUAAGGUGAACUACGGUUAUCACCCAAUCAUCGAUUUUUUCAGUCCUUAUAGACUCCAGGGUCAAAGUAGAAAGUAAGACUGAAAGGCUGAAUGUAUGGGAAGGGUUUCUGUUACUUUAUUGUACUUUUUUUCGUGUCAGCUAUCGGUUCCACUGGCCAGAGAAGCGGAAUAACGAGAGGCAAAACAUCUUAAUGGAGACGAUUGCAAAAAUAUUUUAGAUAAAUGGCAAAUGUAAAUAUCAUCGCACUGGAUCGAAUGCCAUCACUAGUGUCGUAAUUAAGUUAGCGGUUUUGCCAACUCUACUAUACAACAUUGAUGUUUCUAUGUUUCUCAUAAUACAUUCAAACAUAAAGAUCGUUAUCAAACCAAGUGUUGUAGUUCCUCAAGGACCCGGAUGUAGCAGCAUUUCUGCAAUGUUUCUUUGACACAAUCAAGUAUUUUCUAAAACGGCUGCAGGUAACCGAAUAAUGCUGCGUCCUGCCAUUAUUAUUUUGUCUUGUGAUGUAUAGAGUGUUUUAUAUUCCCUUAUUAUUUAUUAUAAUUGUUAUUUGGCUCUCGUAUGAGGCCUAAAUAAAGCUUCUGUUACAU